UUCCCAAUCCGCGGCUCCUGCUCUUCUCCUCCACCACCAAAAAUCACCGCUCCAACAUCGCCUUCACCUCAAGGAGCUGAAGUUAUUCCCUUCAUCAUCUCAAUUGCAAUUUAUUGGGCUCAUUGUCUGAUUCUUUGUCCCCAAACUCGUCGAGGUACUCCGCAAGCAUGGCAAUUGCUCUCAGUUUUCUUGUCAACGAUUGCUGGGAUCGUCUUGAGCCCUCUGAAGUAGGGGUGUGGGCUUUUUUGGCGCCAAAAACUUCAAUUGUGACCAGAACGCUAACCUUCUCGACUGCUUUCAGUGCCUUCAUUAACGAGGUCAUUUGGUUGAUUGUCAUUUCUUUCUUUUUCCUCGUCGCUUUGUGAAGACAGGGCUUGGAGUCAGAAUUGCCAUGUGUUUCGUGAAGUGGCUGGGGAAGAGUCCUCUCUGGUUGUCUUAUGGCGAGGCCCUGAUUGCAUCGGCAAUGCCGAGUACCACUGCAAGGUCCGGUGGGGUUUUCUUGCCGAUUAUCAAGUCAUUGUUGAUGUCAGCGGGGAGUAAGCCCAGUGACUCUUCUUCGGGGAAGCUUGGUGCUUACCUCGUUCAAUCCCAAUUUCAGGCACAAUUUCUGGAGGAUAAGUCAAAACAGACACAGCUAAAAUGGUCUUCAUAUUUAAGGCAUAUAGUUUUUGGGGAACAAGUCAAUACCAACCCAGCUAAACUACCAGGUUGUGGAAGAAUGGGUUUUCUCCAACUUCUUAAGGUCCCAAGAAAAUUCUAAUUUAUGGCAAGAUGGUGACCACCCUUGAGAAUGCUAUUCAGAAGAGAAUAUGUGGUAAAGAAUAGGGACACCUCCAUGUUAAACUACUUGUCAAAUGCAUGAAGACGACAAACAUAACAUAUGUUAGUUGUCAGCAACUUUGAAAAAUCUUUCCCCCAAGGUAAAGGGAUUAUUUUAUUUUGUCAGCUGGCCUAGUAAGAUGAAGACAAGUCAAAGAGAUUGAUUUUUUUUUUCCCCUGAAAAAAGAAAUAGAAAAAAGGGCAUGAAUUAACCAGGAAAGGAAAUAACUAAUUAAAUGAAAAUGGCUUGAUCGCAUCCCCCUUCACUGCUUCUUCUUUGCACUUUUGCUUUUGCAGUACCAUGGACUUCACAGACCUUUACAUUGCUUGCACUCUUUUAAUGCUCAGUUUCCAAUCAUCAAUCCUUUUAUCUCAUAGCUUGACAUGCAAUUCAAGUGACCUGAGAGCCUUGAAUGGUUUCUCCAGUUGUUUGGAUUCAGAGAUCAGUGGUUGGAACAUGUCAAGUUCUGAUUGUUGUUCUUGGAGUGGUGUCAUUUGUGAUAAUACCACUACUUCAAGUAGAAGGGUUGUUGGGUUAGAACUAGGGAGUAGAAGACUCACUGGAACUAUCUGUGAGUCCAUAACAAGCUUGAACCAGCUAAGAAUCUUAAAUCUAUCUCACAAUUUUCUCCAUGGUUCCCUGCCAACUGAAUUGUUUCAUCUUCCGAAUUUGGAGGUCCUCGACUUGAGUUCCAAUUAUUUUAGAGGUCAUAUCCCAUCAAGUUGUGACUUGCCUUCCAUUUGGUAUCUGAACGUUUCAAAGAAUGACUUUGUUGGCUCUGUCGAUGCAACACUUUGUAAAGCUUCACCUGGACUCCAAGUUCUUGACCUUUCGCAGAACCAAUUUACUGGAUCAAGUAUACAGAACUGCAGUGAUUUGCAUCAUCUUUAUCUGGACAACAAUAACCUAUCGGGAAGCUUUCCUGACAGUCUCUUCAAGCUGCAAAAUCUUCAAGUGUUGCAUCUCCAAAAUAACUGGUUUUCUGGUCCACUCAAUGAUGGCGUUGGUAAUCUCUCUAACCUUGUUGAACUGGAUAUCUCCUUUAAUUUGUUUUCAGGAAAUAUUCCAGAUGUAUUUGGAAGACUUGGAAAGCUGGAGCAGUUCUCAGCUGGUUCAAAUGACUUCACUGGCUUAUUGCCUACUUCACUUGUGAACUCUGCAUCACUCUUCAGGCUUGACUUGCGCAAUAACACCCUAAAUGGUUCGAUAAAUCUCAAUUGUUCUGCCAUGAUCCAUCUCAACUUCCUUAAUCUUGGCAGUAAUAAGUUCCAUGGUCCAAUCCCUUCAAGUUUUUUUUCUUGCCAGAAAUUGACAACUUUGAACCUUGCGCGCAAUAAUCUCAAUGGUGUGCUACCCUUUUCCUUCAAGAAUCUCGAAAAUCUCAGUUUUCUUUCACUGUCAGAAACUGGACUCAGUAAUAUCUCAGCAGCCCUAGCAAUCCUGCAACAUUGCAACAACUUAACCACAUUGAUUCUUAGCAUGAACUUUAAGAAUGAACAAAUGCCUGAAAGUGUUAACUUGCAGUUUAGAAACGUCAAGGCGCUCAUUAUUCCUUUUUGUGGACUCAGAGGUUCAAUCCCUGUGUGGCUGAGAGGUUGCAACAAGUUGCAGUUAUUGGAUUUGUCAUGGAACCAUUUGGAGGGGCAAAUCCCUUUUUGGACAGGCAAGUUCAAAAAUCUCUUCUACUUAGAUUUAUCGAACAAUUCGUUAACUGGAGAGAUCCCAGAAAGCUUGACUGAACUAUAUAGCCUUGUUGACAUGGAUAUCUCAUUUGAAGCAUUACCCCAAGAUAUCCCACUUUUUCAAUUCCGCAAAGAUGAUUCUACUUUGCAGUACAAAAGAGUUUGGAGCUUACCACCAUCUCUGGACCUGAGUAUUAACAUGCUCAACGGACAAAUUUGGCCGAGUUUUGGCAAUUUGAAGCGGCUUCAUACUUUGAAUCUGGGAAGAAAUCAUCUUUCAGGUCCCAUUCCAGGAACUUUAUCAGGGAUGUCAAGUUUGGAAAGUUUGGAUUUGUCCCGCAACAAACUAUCAGGAGAAAUACCUCAGUCCUUGGUGCAGCUCAGUUUCCUAUCUAAGUUCAGUGUGGCAUAUAAUCAACUGUAUGGGGAAAUCCCAACAGGAGGUCAAUUCAUGACUUUUCCGACCUCCAGCUUCGAGGAAAACAAUGGUCUCUGUGGUGGAGAUCUUGCUUCAUGUCGUUCAAUGCAGACCCCUGUAGAGCCUGAAAGUGACAACACUGAUGAGCCUCCCAGCGAAGGAAAGAUCCUUGCAGGGUUGCCAUUUAAAAUUGGAGGUAUAACCAGCUUUAUUCUGGCCAUUGCUGUCUCCUACCUGACCGGAUGGAUGGUUCCCUUGAAGAGAAAAUGAAGGUAAGAAUAACUAGAAUUCCAUGAUAAAUGUUAGUGAAAAAAAGAUAUAAGAUGAAUGAAGCAGCAUAUAUAUAAUGUGAAAGCAGGUCUUGUAUACUUGUCAGUCAAUUGAGUAUCUCCUGCUCUCUUAGCUUGGUGGGUUAUGCAGCAACAUUGACAAUGUUUUUCCAGUUAUACCUAGCAUGUGAUCAAUCCCACUUUGGCCAAGUUGAUGUU